AUGGACGGUGGGUCGAUAUUCGUAGAUGUAAACACAGGGCAGCAGUACCCGAUUCUCUACACACAAUUGCUAAAUAAUGGCGAAGAACGAAAUUCUGAUCAACAUCACGUACAAGCGGAAAAUGUAAAAGAAGAAGUUGUUGUUGUACUAGAAAGCCAGGAAAACCUGGAGACAAUGGACGUUAGUGAGAAAACAGAAACUACACUAAAAAAAGAACGUUCACCAACCCCACCGUCAGUAAAAAUUCAGCACCGCCGCAUUCGCUGCCCAGAAUGUCAACGUUUCACCGCAGAAACAGAAGAGAAGAUGCUACGUCACAUCCGUCGUGUACACCGCGGAGAAAACCCAUACCAAUGCUCAAUGUGUGAUUAUUCCACUUAUAAUUCUGCUGUAUUUGAAGAACAUGUGAAUGUACACCAAGGAAUAAAGCCAUUCAAAUGUACCCACUGCCCUUACCGUAGUGCGUCAAAGAAGAAUACAAAAAAACAUGAAUUGAUACACCGGCCUGACAACCCUUUAAAGUGUCCUCAUUGUGACUUCAUUGGCCGUAAUCCUAGAGUUUUAACUGCUCACAACCGCAAAGUACACAACAACACUGUUGUUAAAAUGUAUGAAUGUAAUGUAUGUAAAAGGUACUUUGAUGAUCGAGAAUUGUAUAAAAAGCAUAGGCAUUGCAGAUUUCAAUGUAAACUAUGCGAUUAUGCCGCCUGUAAACAAAGUCUUAUGACGUUACACAGGCAUGAAGAGCAUGAGCUUGAUGAAGAGCCUAAGCUGUCCAAACAAAAAUCAAAGUUAAUCACCACUACCACAUUCAAAUGUGCAUCCUGUGACUGGUCAUCAAAUAAUAAACCUAGAAUAUUAUUGCAUUUAAUACACCAUCCAGAACAAACAGUAGAUGAAAGUAUUGUAGAUGUUAGUAUAUUGAGAAAGUUAGGUAUCAUGGAGUAACAAAUAUUCAAAAAAUAAUGAAUUAUUAUUUGAUACUCAAUAGAUCUAUUGUAAA